UCCGAAUGUCACGAGAGGUUCAUGGAUUGCUCAGUGGCCCACGGUAAACAGGACUGCUCGUGCCCAUGGAAACACCGGAUGACUGACAUAUACGGCUCGACAUGCACAUUGCGUCAGUAUUACUACACUGUCUCCUUCAAGCUUAACACCUCCCUUGAAUCUCAAAACUGUAGUGUCUACGCUCCUCGCGUAAAAGCUGCGAUGAGAACGGCUCUCGGUUACCAGGUGCACGCUGUGACGAUUGCCAAUUGCACAGACAACAUCACGGCACGACUUAUUUUGAACGACCCACUGCCCAAGCCGUUGCAGAAGAGGCUUCAAGCUUGCGAACACCCGAUUGGAGACGUUUGCAUGCUGUAUCCGAUGCUUCCCAUUGUAAGAGGUUCAGCAACAGAGAUUGAAGAAGAAAACCUUUGCGAUAGUUUGCUGAAAGAACAAGAAGGCGCCUACAACGGCGUCAAUGAGUGCGUCAAGGCUGGCGAUAUCUUUUGGUUCAAGUGCAAGCAGGGAUAUCGAGAGGUGGAUGUAAAGACACAGGGUCGCCUCCAACGCUCCAUUUGCGAAGUUGACCCAGAGGCACCAACACCAGCGCCGGACCCGUGCCUCACCGUCGGCGCCGAAGUGUGCGGAGAUGUGCGCUGUGAGCCUUACAGCGACAACUCGGGUUUCACAUGCAAGUGUGGCAUCGAUUUCUUCUUUCAUGCGAUGGAGAAGCGCUGCUACAAUAUGAAAUCCUGCAAGGUGCACAAGUGCGAGCGAGGACUGUGUGUGGACCAGAACGGCAUGUUCCCUGCGAGCUGCCAAUGCAACGACUAUCCCGACUUGACGUUAAACUGCAAAGUGAAGGAGACUGUCCGUGCAAUAUGCGCAACGCAGGACAAAGUUGCGAGGAUAAACCCAGACAACAGCGUCAGCUGCGACUGUCCACCACACACUAAGCUCAUCAGAGGAUACUGCAAACCCAUCGCAUGCCUGAAUGCUACCCUAACCUGCAAGGACGUGUGCUUGAUGAAGGACUCGCACCGAGACACACGCUGUUGUCGAAAUUGGGACCGCGACCACUGUGAACGAACACCACACAACGGGUCUUUUUGUCCACCUGGUUACAUUGCUGACCUAGACACGAAAGAAUGCAAGCACGUAUGCAACACAACGCAUGCUACCGAUAUAUGCGAUCAUGGAUGCACGCAACUGUCUGAAGACAAGGCUGACUAUACCUGCAACUGCGGCCCCACACAGCAGCUUGCAAACGACGGCAUCUCCUGUGUCGAGAGAACGAAAUGCCACGAAGAGGACGUCAUCAAGUGUGAGAGCGAACAAAAAACAUGCUUCUACGAUAACGGAAAGGCAGUGUGUCGUUGUCGGGACAACACUCUAGAAAUCAAUGGCACUUGCAUUGACUCAUGUACAUCAACGAAACAAAGAGAGUGUUCGGUCAUCUUCGGAAAAUGCAAAAUAAUAAACCAUUAUGAGGCGUGUAUGUGUAUUGAACCACUUCUUUGGCACCCCGAAGAAAAAAAGUGCUUUCUUGAGAAGACCCAUAAGUAUGUUGCCCGCUUUCGAGUGAAUGAUACAAGUUCGCCGAGUGCAGAGUACGGGGUUGGUGAAUGCGACGACAAGCACGCCAUGAUGGAACAAGCGAUGCAGAUCUUGUAUGGAGCUUCGCUGACCAGCAUACGCAUGCUUCAGUGUUUUGACGAGUACAAGGUGGAGCUUAACUUUGCAAGUGAACCCCCCAGCGUGCUGCUUGGAAAAAUCCGCACCUGUGAGCAUCCAAAUGAAAACGGUGGCUGCUUCUUCCCGCCAGCUUUGAACAUCGUCAAAGACAGUGUUUCCGAGGUCAGAGAGGAAGACCUCUGCGAAACUUAUCUGACUGGCAACCUGGGGCAUAUGAAGGGACUCUACGUGUGUAAAAAACGAGAGAAUGGACGCUAUGCCCUGCAAUGCUCGGAAAAAUACAAAUCCAUGUCGUAUUUCAGCCAGGGUAUGCUGGAUAUCAGCAUAUGCACAGAGCAAAAAUGUGAGCUCUACUGCACGGGUCCGGAACGUCAGUGCGUGGAGGGGAAAUGCGUGUGCCACGUGAACUACUUCGAGGACGCCGAGGGAGUGUGUGUCCCUCACUGCUCUAGGAAACCUUGCAAAAAUGGUGGCACUUGUGAAACUGGAGUGAGGACAUCUUUCUAUUGCAGUUGUCCACCUUACUUCACGGGCCCGACGUGUGAAGUACCAUUUCAAGCAUACGCUGACGCACAGAAAAAGCUGAGCGCAGUGGGCGUUGUUCUGAGCGUACUCAUCAUGUUCUGCGUUGGUGCUGCAGCUGUCGUUAUACGACGAAUCAAAAACAGGAACAGAGCAUACGAGGACUUGUAAUAUAAUAAAAAGAAGAAUCGUUCCCGACCUCCAGGUAUCCAGUUCACAUCAUGGCCCAUAGGAUUCAUGCUUCAUCUCAGCCGCAGAAGCAUGUCCAUAAUAAUAAACAUUUUUUUUUAUUUCCUUGGGGAUGGACAUGUGAUAGUACUCAAUUUGUAAAUAUAUCAAACCAUAGAGAUGAGUUCUACCGAACAUACGUGAACAAAAUCCAGUGAUAUUAUCGUCGACGCAUGUUUUCGCUUCUUUGUGUUCACAUGUCGUUAUCAAAAUGAAAAAAAGGUGAUGUGCUGACAA